GAGACAUGUCUUAAAGUGCAUUGCCGGCCUAACCGUCACGAGCUCUCUCCCUGUCAUCCUUCUGAUGUAAAUCAAAGCUUCAUCCAGUUCCGAUCUAUUCAUCUCCUUGCUGUGUGACACUCGAUACCCAACCCCUCUAAGAUACCCCUUUACGCCUUACGCACCAUCAAAUCUUGUCGCACCUCAGAGCUUUCUUAUCUCUGCGGACCUUGAGACAGUUCGACGUCUAAACAAACCCACAACUCCAAAUAACCCAUCGUCUCGACCGACGUCAUCAUCUUCGCCAUGACUACGCCCUCCACUGCCAUCAUCGGUUCCACCGGCCUCGUCGGCUCCAACAUUCUCUCUACACUCCUCGCCCUCGACACCUUCAACCCCGUCAACACCAUCACCCGUCGCGCCCCUCACGCCAGUUCGGCACACCUCGACGCCCUCAUCGAGACCGACACCACCAAGUGGGCAGCCGCCCUCACCGGCCUGAAGCCCCCUCCCGCGACCGUCUUCUCCGCGCUCGGCACAACGCGCGCUGCUGCCGGCGGCCUCGCCAACCAGUGGAAGAUUGACCACGACCUCAACGUCGAGCUGGCCAAGGCUGCCAAGAACGCCGGUGCCCGGACCUAUGUCUUUAUAUCUGGCGCGGGCACGCGCGGCUUCAUUGCCGGCAUGUCUCCGUACGGGAAGAUGAAGAAUGGCGUGGAAGAUGCGAUCCGGGAAUUGGACUUUGAGCAGGCCAUCAUUGUCAAGCCAGGCCUGAUAUUGGGCCACCGUGAGCAAAGUCGAAUCGGAGAGAGCCAGUUUCAGACUGUGGUCAAUGCGCUAGGUUCCAUCAGCGCUGGCAUCAAGGACCGACUUGGACAGGAGGCUGAUGUGAUUGCCAGGGCCGCAGUUCGGGCCGCUCAGCUGGCCGAUGAGGGCAAGGCGCCUAGCAAGUACUGGUUUGUUGAGGCUGAUGAAAUUAUCAAGCUGGGUCGGACCGAGUGGCCUGGCAACAAUGCUGCUCCUGUUGCCCUGAAGCAGUGAAGGCCACGGUGCAGUAGGGGAUAUACGCUGGCAUGAGAGUUUGCAAUGAGUAUUGUCUGCUCCGUCGAUUGGCCAAUUUUUUUUAAAAGAAAACUUCGUCUGAGUGCAUUGCACACACGUCAGUCAUUAUCCAGUUAUCGUACCUCGAGUUAAAGGUGCCGAUUCAUCCACUGACUCGUGAUGGACUACGCCAUCACGCCCCCAUGACUCUACAAUGAAGAUUGUCUUGAAUGACGAC